AUGAAGCAAUCGCAUGAAUCUCGUAACCUGCCAGAGCCUCCUCGAAAUCAGUCCCACACCCCGAGCUGGUCGAGUCCACCAGGUCUUCCAACAACUGCCACGAAAAGCAUCACCGCACGGAACCGAUCACCACAGUCAUCGACAUCAGCAAGCACUCGUAAACGAGCAUUGUUGCCACGAGUUCAAUCAACUCUCACGCAAAUUGACUUUGUGACACAACCCACGCCUUCAAAUGAUGACCAGCUUGGCUACAUUGACGAACACAAGCGUCGCGACGAUACCCAGGACACAACUCAGCGGCCAAAUGUAGAUGAUGGGUCCGACAAGGAUUCAGACUAUCUUCCCGCUCCACCAGUUCGGUCAACCCGUGUCUCGAAAUUCAAGAUGAGUGAGCAAGAGCGCGAUUCAAAUGAACGCUCGCAGAAGCGGAGGAGCUCUAGAGUCGUCAAUCGAGAUGGAAGCCGAAGUCAUGGACCACGAAAGAGCGAGACACCAAGGGCGAGUGUCCGUCCCAGGGGCGGUCGAAAAUCUUUAGAGAAGUCAACGGGAAAGCGGGACAAGACUUUAACUCAGAUGGACUUUGUGCGACGUUACAUUACCAUCGAUGAUGAUGAUGAUGACGACGACGUGAACAUGGGAUAUAUCCAGCCGACACCGCAGAAGAGGGACAUGAAAAAUGAACAAACAGAACAUACGCCCAAACAGAAACGUACGACCUCCGCCAAACGAAAGCGCAGAGCCUUAGAAGAAGAGCUGGAUCUCUCAACUGGGGAACCUAUAUCUCAACAAAAAGAAGCACCGGAAUCAAAUCCUGGAAGUGGAGGUGGGGGAGAGCGGGCAUCUACGGCUCCUGUCACGCCGCAAAAGCUUCGGACGCGCGAGAUACCUUCUUCACAGACGCCCGAAAGCCCCGGCCUCGCUAUUAUAACUUCAUCUCAAUUUCGCAGCACUACUUGCUCUCCUUCGAAACGGAAGCAGUUAAACCCCGCAGAUAAUUCCAUGCAACCUAUCAAAAAAGAACCCCCGGAGGCUUGGCGAGUGGUUGAGGAUUCACAAGACCCUGCAGGCCAAUCUUUACCACGGCCAACAACAUUCGAUUCUACAAGUCUCCGUAACAAUAUGUUCCACCCUUAUCCAACUACUACUGAGGAAUUCCCCUCAUCUGUACCCCCGACGGAGUCAACCUCCCAGGAAUUCCCCACUGAAGCUAAUGGGAGCUCGAGAACUGAGCCUACUAAGAGGGAAAGGACAGUCGUUUACGAAACGGAUGCGGACUCGGAAUACGGAGACUUUGAGGAAAAUCUCAAUGGACGUUCCGUGACACCAUCUCCGAAGAAAGCACACAGAGAAUUCGGUCCGCAGGACGGCUCACAGGCGACCCAACACAGCCUAGAGUCACCCAAGGAUGAUUCCCAAGAACUUCCUCUACCAGCUGCGCAACCGAGCCCUGGAUUGGAUGAUGCUCCUUCAUCCGAAGCUCCGAUGUCUGAUGCUUCAAUUUGCUAUCAAAGAAUGCACGCAGCUACACAGUUCCCGCACGAGCCAAUCCCAACGCUGAAUACACAGAAGAUGUCUGAGCUUUUCCCUCACGGAGGCAGUAGCCAGUACACAAAUUUGGAGGCGUGGAAGCCUUCUCUUCGAAACCAGGCACCGGGGCCAUUCUCUCAGACACAGACACAGAGCCAGGAAGGUGACAAAGAGUCUACUGAAAUGGUUCCCGAGUCGUCGCCCAUCCGUGAACGAGAACGUGGAAUCGAGUCGGGUGAUAAUUCGUUCCAACGACCUCGUGUUCCUGGCUCAGUGGUCCAAGUUGAAUCCUCGCAGGCGGUGGACCGAGAUCCUCAAUGGCAGGGCCGGAUCCUUUCUCGGAGUCAGCUUCUUACAUCGAGCGUCAUGGAGAGCAUUCCGCUCCCGAAUUUUUGGAUGGGCAGUCAGGAUAGUGUAGGAGAGCCUUACAGCUUACCUGAAGGGUGA